AUGUCGAUCAUAGCAAGGACAGGUUUUAGGCCUAUUCGCCUUGUCUCAAGACAAUAUAGUGUUUCCGGGCAAAGUCGUCGACGUAAUGGCGGUACAGACCGAACUGGCGCCCAAUGGAAACUGGCAAAGAAUGUCGGGAAACGAAGUCCAGAGAAACCUGCAGGUAGACGAGGAGAGUCCGUGGGUAAAGGUAAGAAACCACGAGCAGACAAAUUUAGGUUUGGUGAGUUCGGUGGGCUCAAAAAGAAUCCAACGAGUGUUGCUAACCAAGAACAAUCGUCCGGCCUCAUCAAAAAGAUAACCGAUUGGGACAGUCUUAAGUUGCUCCCGGUAGUGAGAGACGCCGUCUCCAAGAUGAUUGCGAAGGAGUCGCUGGUGUUUUCUUGUAAAGAGGAGGGAGCAAAAGUAACUCCCACUCCGAUUCAAAUACUAGCUGUCAAAAAAUUGGCCAACAAACUAAUGGAUCCCAAACUGCAAGUGCAUGCUAUUGCUGCUGAUACGGGGACCGGCAAAACUAUGGCGUAUGUCACAUCACUGCUAGAUUAUCUGACGAGACUAAAAUUGGAGAACCCUGAACUCUGGGACUCUUUAAAGGACAAGGCAAGUAUACAGUCUGUGAUCUUAGUUCCCACUUAUGAACUCGUACAACAGGUUUAUAGCACGAUAAAACAGUCAGAAGAAUACCUUGGGGUACACACUUACAAAUGGGACAAUUCAACAGGCUACAACGACUUGCUCAUGCAUAUAAAGUCAAGGAUAGAUAUUCUUGUCACUACACCAAACAAACUACUCACUCUGUUCGAUAUUAGAAUGAUCUCAAGGCCAGAGAGAAUAUUAUCUCAAGUGAAAUUUGUGGUAUUAGAUGAAGCAGACACUUUGAUGGACCCCUCGUGGAUAGACAUGACGUAUAAGACAAUCAAGUGCUUCAAAAAUACCGAACAUUUGAUUCUCUGCUCUGCAACGCUACCAAACGAGUUCAACAACACGUUAAUGAAAUUGUUCCCUACUUGUGAAUUGAUCACGACGCCAAGGCUGCACAAGCUCGCGAAGAGACUGGACUUUAAGAUUAUAGACGCCAACUUGAAUCCAUUCAAGGGGUCCAAAGUCAAAGCUUUGGCGCAGAUCCUGUAUUCUAUAAGGCAAGACGACACAGAAAGCGGAUGGGAGAAACGGUGCAUCGUCUUUGUCAACGAGAAAAGUGAAGUCCCCAGAAUUGUGAAACGGUUGAAGACAGAGUAUGGGCACGAGUGUGUUGGUCUCUCGGGAUCCAAUACUAUCGAGGAGAGAUUAGAGCUGAUCAAACAGUUUGUCGAUAAACCGCACAAGUUGAAUACGGGCACUGUGCCCGAACCGACCGCUCCACAAUUGAUGAAGCAAGUCCCCGGAUCAAACAUCCGCAUCCCAGUACAGAUCAAGUCAGCAUCGUCCUCCAAGGCAUCUGGGGACAAAGUUUUAAAAGUGCUUGUAUGCACCGACCUCAUGGCGCGAGGAUUAAAUUUUCAAGGUGUCAGAAAUGUUGUACUGUUUGACGUCCCCCGGACAUCCAUCGAUCUCGUUCACCGGGUAGGCAGAACUGGUAGAAUGGGACAGCAGGGGAGGGUCUUCAUGAUCAUCGAUAAGAAAACCAAAUCGUGGGCCAAAGCUGUGCCAAAGAUUAUCAAAAAGAAUAUGUCACUGGCCUGA